AUGUGGAAUAAUGCAAACAAGGUUCAGAAAGGAGUAGAUUUGUGUUUGGAGUCUCUCACAGAAAACUUCAAUAUCAAUGUUUCAUGUUCAGUUGUUAAACAAAUCACCACUUUGCUACCGCAAAACAAAAUUAAAAUCAAUACAUUGUACAUUCCUUCCAAUAUCGUAUUGUCAGAUAAGGACUUUCAAGUUCCAGGAGAGGUGUCCCUACUACUUGCUGCCAACGUGUUCUUCAAGGUUAUUCAAGAUGGCAAGAUUGAAGGGGGUCCACUGGAUCUAGUGCUGAUCAAUACGAGACUAGUCUACGUUGUGUCAGGUCAUUUCAAUCCAGUUACUUUAGUGCACACUGCCAUCACCAUGCAUUCCAUAUCCAUGUCCAAUGUGUGCAUUGACGAGCUAGUCAAAAAGUUCUGGGAGACCGAGCAGGUUCCUCAGUGUUACAAUGAAUCUUUGCGAGAGCAUGAGAUCAGUGAGGAAGCAUUUAAUAAUACAGUCAAUUUGUGCAAUAAUAGGUUAGAAGUUAGUCUGCCUUUAAAAAUUGACAUUAAUACAAUUUCCCCCACCAACUCAUUUUCAUUAGCUUUACAAAAAUUUUGUAAUCUAGAAAAAAGGUUCAAGAAAGGUCCUCUUUAUUUUCAAAUGCACAAGGCAUUUAUCCAAGAGUACAUAAAGCUAGGUCAUGCCAAGGUCGUUGACCUCCAGUCAGCUGACAUUAAUACAUCUCCUGAAUAUUUUUUGCCACACCAUGCUGUAGUGCUCAAUGACAAGAAAACAAACAAGUUGCGCGUUGUUUUUGAUGGCUCUGCCAACGCAAAAGGCGCUGAAUAUAGUUUGAAUGACAUUUUAUGCAAUGGUUGCGUUGUUCAAAAAUCGCACAGAGUUUUGCAGAAUAUUCUAUGGCGUGAAAGCACACAUGAAGCUUUGCAGUGUUGA